AUGUCCGACCUCAAAGCGACCGUUUCGGAAACCACAACAAGUUCCGGUCAUGCCGGAUUCCAUGUUGAAGGUUAUGAGAAAAUUGAAUAUGACUUCACUUUUAUUGAUGGUGUAUUCAAUGUCGAUAAUCCAAACCUUGCGGACUGCUAUACCCACUGGGGAAGAUGUUUAGCUGUCACAGAUUUGAACAUCUAUAAUGUAUAUGGAAAGCAAAUGGAAAAGUAUUUCGAUCAUUAUAACAUCAAACUGGUCUUACAUAAGACAAAGAUCGGAGAAAAGGCAAAAACCAUCCCUACGUUUUUGAGUAUUGUGGAUUCCAUGACCGAAUUUGGAAUCUAUCGCAAAGAGCCAGUCCUUGUUGUUGGGGGAGGCCUUGUCACCGAUGUUGCUGGGUUUGCAUGCGCAGCAUAUAGGCGAAACACCAAUUUCAUUCGUGUUCCAACCACUGUCAUUGGAUUGAUUGAUGCGUCUGUAUCAAUUAAGGUUGCAGUGAACUAUGGCAACUACAAGAACAGACUAGGUGCCUACCAUGCUCCAAUUCACACUUUCCUUGAUUUCACAUUCUUGCGAACAUUGCCCACGGCCCAGAUCCGCAACGGCUUUGCGGAAUUGAUUAAGAUAUCAUCAUGCUCUCACCUCCCCACUUUUGAUUUGCUGGACAAGUACUGUGAACAGCUCAUCAACAAUUCUUUUGGCCGAGCCGAUGGAUCUUCAAAGGAAUUGAUUGAAGCAGCAGACAAGAUUAACAGAGAGGGUAUUUAUGAAAUGUUAAAGUUGGAAACACCGAACCUCCACGAGAUUGGUUUGGAUCGUGUCAUCGCCUAUGGACACACAUGGUCACCACUGCAUGAACUCGUUCCUGAUACACCGCUCCGACAUGGCCAUGCAAUCUCUAUUGAUAUGGCAUACUCAGCAACACUUGCUAAUCAAAGAAAGCUCUUAAGUGAUGAAGAGCAUCGCCGUAUCUUGAACUUGUUUUCACGCGCAGGUCUUUCAAUGGAUCAUCAUCAGUUUGAUGAAGAGCUUCUUCAAAAGGCUACUGCCGCCAUUCUCAAAACACGAGACGGCAAAUUGAGAGCUGCAGUCCCAAAUCCACUUGGGUCUUGUAGUUUCCUCAAUGAUGUCUCUGCUGAGGAAAUGAAUGAGGCUUUACAUCGCCACAAGGAGCUGAUGAAAGGGUACCCAAGAAAUGGAGAAGGUUUAGAGGCAUUUGUCGACGCUUCUGACACGGGUUAUACCGAAAACGCGAAGAAGGAGGAAGAAAGAGUGAUUGAGAUGGCUGCGAAGAAGGCUAGUCAGCUAAACGGCACUAAUGGUCAUGUAAAGGCAAAGACGAAUGGUAAUCACGUUGCUCUUACCAACGGAAAGGUGAACAGUAUUGUUAAUGGUCAUGUGAAUGGCACAUUAAGCAAUGGCACAUUUAACAAUGGUACGACGGGCUCCUAUUGA